ACAGGAGCCGCGGUGGCGGCGGGCGGUAGUCAGUGCUAUGGGCUGCGGCGGAGGGGCCUGAGCUCGUCCGGAGGCGCCUCCUACCGUGCUCAGCCCCCGGCCGCGGCCGCCCAUGGCGGAGCCGGGUGCUGAGGAACCUGAUGAGCAGCUGCUAGUUUUCGAGGAGCCGGCGCCUCAGACAGGGCCGCCCUGGCGGGAGCCGCGACAUCUAAAAGCUGCCCCUGGUGGGGCUGUGAGGCUGUGUGGGGAGCCGGGGCUCGAGGAGGAGGAAGAGGAGGGUGAGGAGGACUCAGAGGACUCGGGGCCCGAGGGGGAUGGAGAGGACGAGCCUCUCCUGAGGGCGUCGGGUACCGGCCGCGGCCGGCGAGGGUGCGCCGCCUGGGACAAGGAGCCCCGCGCCCCUGCAGGCCAUAUAGGACAUACUGCUGAUAUGAAUAUAUUUUUAGAUGAUCCAGAAUUUGCAGAAAUUAUUCUGAGAGCAGAGCAAGCUAUAGAGUGUGGAGUUUUUCCAGAAAGAAUCUCUCAAGGAUCCAGUGGGAGUUAUUUUGCCAAGGAUCCAAAAGGGAAAAUUAUUGGAGUGUUCAAACCAAAAUCUGAAGAGCCUUAUGGACAUCUGAAUCCAAAAUGGACCAAAUAUUUUCACAAAAUCUGUUGUCCUUGCUGCUUUGGCAGAGGCUGCCUCGUUCCAAAUCAGGGAUACCUCUCUGAAGCUGGUGCCUAUCUUGUGGAUGACAAGCUGGGGCUAGGAGUUGUACCUAAAACUAAGGUUGUCUGGCUUGUCAGUGAGACCUUUAAUUACAGUGCAAUAGAUCGUGCAAAGUCCAGAGGGAAAAAAUAUGCUUUAGAGAAAGUGCCAAAAGUCGCUAAAAAAUUCAAUCGAAUCGGACUACCUCCAAAGGUUGGCUCCUUCCAGCUGUUUGUUGAAGGAUAUAAGGAAGCUGACUACUGGCUCAGGAAGUUUGAAACUGAUCCUUUGCCUGAGAACACAAGGAAAGAAUUUCAGAUGCAGUUUGAGAGAUUGGUUAUCUUGGAUUAUGUCAUCAGAAAUACAGACAGAGGUAAUGACAACUGGUUAGUCAGAUAUGAAAAGGCAGAUGAAGGAGUUGAUUUGUCAGAUAAGGACAGCCAAUGGACCAUAACUAAAGAAUCUACUAUUAAAAUUGCUGCAAUUGACAAUGGUUUAGCAUUUCCUUUUAAGCAUCCUGAUGAGUGGAGGGCAUAUCCCUUCCACUGGGCUUGGCUUCCUCAAGCAAAAGUUCCUUUCUCUCAGGAGACCAGGGACCUAGUGCUUCCUCGCAUUUCUGAUAUGAACUUCGUCCAGGAUCUUUGUGAAGAUCUUUAUGAACUGUUUAAGACUGACAAAGGAUUUGACAAGGCUACUUUUGAAAACCAAAUGUCUGUUAUGAGAGGGCAGAUACUCAACCUCACUCAGGCAUUAAAGGAUGAGAAGAGCCCCAUUCAGCUUGUUGAGAUGCCACGUGUGAUAGUGGAGCGAAGCAGCACUGGAAGUCAGGGCCGAAUUGUUCACCUGAGUAAUGCGUUCACACAGACCUUUCAUAGCAGGAAGCCUUUCUUUUCCUCCUGGUAGCAACAAAAAUACGUGGGAAGAGUAAGUUUCUCUUAACUUCUGUGGAAAGGCUCUUCAGCUACAAUAGUUCUGCUGUGUACUGAGAGCUGACUGCCACCACCUCAGAACUUAAAUUCUAAAGACUUAAGAAAUCCGUUUUGAAUGUAAUGAAAGUUUACAAUUUUUUUUGUGUCAAAAUUGUAAAUCCUUAUGUCAGGGAACGAGAAGAGCUUAUCCAUACUGUAUUUUUAUAGGCUAAAUUAAUGUAUUCUGAGUAAUAAUACUAUGAAUAAGGGAAGAGACACGCUUUGCAUAUGCUGAAAACCUACUUUUGAAUACAACAGGAAUUCCUUUUUUUGUUUGUUUAACAUAAAUGUGAGAACCUACACACUAUCACUUUCCUUUUGUAUGGUCUUUGGAGAAAAAGAAGUGCAGAAUGUAAUCUUUGAUUGUGAAAAUGCUUUUCCUUGGAAUUUCUUCCUGCUAUUUUAAGCUGUUUAUAGAUAUUUUUUUUUUUCAUAUGCUGGUUACUUGAAAAGUCAUGCACUAUAAACAAAAAAAACCCAAACAACAAACCAACAAAUGAAAUAAUCAAUCUGUCCUUGACAAACAUGUGAAAGAAAAGGAGAAGGGGAAAAAAAAUGUUCCACAUGGGUUUUGUGGGGUUUUUGCACAUGGGGACCAAAAACAGUUAAAUAGUUCAUCAAAAUUCAACCAGGGCGAGUACACGCAGUUCCUGCUGUGACAAAAUGAACUGAGUGUACAUUUCAGAGGUUGGAAUUUCACCUGUAGCUUGUAGAACUUGUGUGCUUAAGCACAUGUAUGGAAAAUGGUGGUAUUUCUUUCUAGAUGCAUCACAGUGAAAGAACUGCACCAGGUUACUAAGAGGUUUGUUUUGCCAUAUGUGUUCAUCAGUAGUCACCAAAGUGGUUCUGCACUAUUAAUGACAGAAGCACAAAUGUGUUCCUCACAAAGCCAGUCUGCCUUCUAAAUUUCUAUCUGAACACACCCUUAUUUAUUUUAUUAUUUUUUUUUAACUGGAAAAAAGCAAGACUGUAAUGCACAGAGACUUCUUAUUGUGCCCUUGGCAGUGUCACACUCAUCUGCCAGUUGCCCUUUGGUUUUCUGUUUAAGUUACUUGAUGUUCAUGUUUCUAGAUCUGUGGCUUAUGUAACACAGUAAAUAUUUUUUUUGUGAUUUUCUGGAGAGUGAAGACUGGAAAUGGGAGAAAAACUGCUGCUUUUGUGAAACCUUCAGUAUUUCAGACAUUGCUGUAUUUUGUAAUUCUAAGCAAUACUGUUGAACUCAAAAAUAAUAAAAUGCUUGUAUUUUAUAUAAUUUUGAGUGGAUGUAAAUAUUAAUGUAGCAUGUCAGCAAUUCACAUGAUUAACUGAAACGUUUAAGCCUUAAAUGUAAAAAUUCACUGUAUGGUGGAGUUCAAAAUAAGCUCGAGAUGACCACCUUUAUAGACUUUCCAUGAUUGGUUUUUAUCCAGACAGUUUAUUACAAAAUUAAAGAUGGUGUUUAUGUACCAGACUCGCCUCCUGAAGCAAAUAAAUGUCAUUGUCUAA